AUGCGUCAAUUUAAUCCUAAAUGGUUUAAAGAGCAUGAAAGUUGGUUGGAAUAUAGUAUUGAAAAGGAUGCUGCAUAUUGUUUAUAUUGUUACCUAUUUAGACAAGAUGUUGGUAUGCAAUCUAGAGGUGACAGUUUUGUGACAAAGGGAUUCAAUAGUUGGAAUAAGAAAGAAAAGCUAGACCUACAUGUUAGAGGUGUUAAUAGUGCCCAUAACCAAGCUCUUAAGAAUGGUGAAAAUCUAAUGAAGCAAAAUCAACACAUUCAAAGUGUUUUUGUUAAGCAGUCAAAUCAAGAUAAAAUUGAAUAUCGGACUCAAUUAAAUGCAAUAAUUGAUUGCAUAAGAUUCCUUUUGCAUCGGGGGUUAGCAUUUCGUGGUCAUGAUGAAUCUGAUGAUUCAAGUGAUAAAGGAAAUUUCCUUGAGCUUUUACAAUUUUUGGCAGAUCAUAAUGAUGUUAUUAAUGAAGUGUUGAAGAAAACUCCAAAAAACAGCAAGCUAACCCAUCCUGAUAUUCAAAAAGACAUUGUGAAUGCAGUUGCAUAUAAAACUACCGAUGCCAUCAUCGGAGAUCUUGGCAAUGGGUUCUUUUCAAUUUUAGUUGAUGAGUCACGUGAUAUCUCAAUAAAAGAACAAAUGGUUGUUGUUUUGCGUUAUGUGGACAAAAAGGGAAUUGUUACAGAGCGAUUUCUUGGUAUUGUACAUGUAGCAGAUACCUCUGCUUUGUCUCUAAAAGCUGCAAUUGAAUUUUUAUUCAGUAAAUAUGCAUUGAGUUUAUCAAGACUACGUGGGCAAGGUUAUGAUGGGGCCAGUAACAUGCAAGGUGAAUUCAAUGGUCUUAAAACUUCAAUUCUGAAGGAGAAUAAAUCAGCAUUUUAUGUCCAUUGCUUUGCUCAUCAACUUCAGUUGACUCUUGUAGCUGUUGCUAACAAACGUAUUGAUAUUGCUGAAUUUUUUAGCUUGGUUAGUAAAAUAGUCACUAUUGUUGGAGCUUCUUGUAAAAGAUGA